CUUGGCCCCAUCUUUCAGGCAGGGUGGGGGGAUAGGCAGGGAGGUCCCUGGAGUGCUGAGGCUCUACAGGCCCUGGGUUCAGCUGCCAGCUGCUCCUGGGACAUGCGGUACAGCAGGGCUGGAGUCUUCCCUCUCCUGGCCGGCCCAGCCCUGAGGCUGGGGGUCCAGGCCCGCCCUCAGCCCUGGCUGGCGGCCUCCCUACCUCAGCAGCUGGACCCUGAGAAUACGGGCUUCAUCGGCGCGGACACCUUCACUGGCCUAGUGCACAGCCAUGAGCUGCCUCUGGACCCAGCCAAGCUGGACAUGCUGGUGGCCCUGGCCCAGAGCAACGAGCGGGGCCAGAUCUGCUACCAAGAGCUGGUGGACUUGAUCAGCAGCAAGCGCUCCAGCAGCUUCAAACGUGCCAUCGCCAAUGGGCAGCGGGCACUGCCACAGGAUGGGCUGCUGGAUGAGCCAGGCCUGGGGGUUUACAAGCGCUUCGUGCGCUACGUGGCCUAUGAGAUCCUGCCCCGAGAAGUGGACCGCCAUUGGUACUUCUACCGGCAACGCAGCUGCCCGCCCCCAGUCUUCAUGGCAUCCGUCACUCUCGCCCAGAUCAUCGUGUUCCUGUGCUAUGGAGCUCGCCUCAACAAGUGGGUGCUGCAGACCUACCAUCCAGAGUACAUGAAAAGCCCCCUCGUGUACCACCCCAGCCACCGUGCGCGGGCUUGGCGCUUCCUCACCUACAUGUUCAUGCACGUGGGGCUGGAGCAGCUGGGCUUCAACGCGCUCCUGCAGCUGAUGAUCGGGGUGCCGCUGGAGAUGGUGCACGGGCUGCUCCGCAUCAGCCUGCUCUACCUGGCCGGCGUGCUGGCAGGCUCCCUGACGGUCUCCAUCACCGAUAUGCGGGCCCCUGUGGUGGGGGGCUCAGGAGGAGUCUACGCGCUCUGCUCUGCACACCUGGCCAACGUCGUCAUGAACUGGGCUGGGAUGCGCUGCCCCUACAAGUUGCUGCGGAUGGUGCUGGCUCUGGUGUGCAGUAAGUCAGGGCUGGGGGAGGGAGGGCUUGGCCUGGACCACGGCCCCUCCCACCUGCCUUCUCCCUCUGCAGUGAGCUCGGAGGUGGGCCGGGCCGUGUGGCUCCGCUUCUCCCCUCCCCUGCCCGCCUCGGGCCCUCAGCCCAGCUUCAUGGCGCACCUGGCGGGUGCCGUGGUGGGCGUGAGCAUGGGCCUGACCAUCCUGCGCAGCUACGAGGAGCGCCUGCGGGACCAGUGCGGCUGGUGGGUGGUGCUGUUGGCCUACAGCACCUUUCUGCUCUUCGCCAUCUUCUGGAACAUCUUUGCCUACGACCUGCUGGGCGCCCACACCCCCCCGCCGCCCUGAUGUGCUCCCUGGAGCCACACAUCUGAGGCGAGCUUGCAUGUCUGCCCUGGGGUGCCGCCACUCCCUGCUCGGGGCACAUGCCCCUCGGGCCAAGCCUUAUACCAGCCCCGGGACUCCAGGGCCAGCAGCUAAGGUACCCACGGGUGACCCCAGAGCAGACUGCUGGGCCUCCCAGCCAGGACCUGCAGUCUGAGCCUUUUUGGAGAACGAAUAAAUAUUUUGCACAGUG